AUGUUCGUGGACAGCUUCUCGCGGUGGAUGAAGCUGUACGGGAUGAGGCGCAAGUCGGACACCCUCGCCUUCGUCCAGAAGUUCCUCGCCGACAUGAGUGGCACCGGUGUCCCUCGUUCUUUCUGGAUGGACAACGGGGGGGAGUUCGUCAGCCGCGACUUCAUCGCCUUCUGCGACAACGCCGGCAUCCGCCGUACGUACACGGCGCCGGGCACCCCGCAGCAGAAUGGUCCGGCGGAGAGUGCGAUCUGGCGCGUGAACAAGGCCGGCCACGCCGCUCGUCUCGAGGCACCCCGCCUGUUCCCCAAGAUCGACUUCACCCGCGUCCCCGGCUUUGGACGCGAUGGCGAGCGACUUUGGCGAGAGUCGUGUCACUGGGCUGCCGGCGGCUUCAACCGUUCUCCGACCAAGGCAAACGUCGGCCGGGGUACAUGCGUGUGA